GCUUCUCCGCCCGUUCGUCCGCCUGCGCGCUUUCUGUGCGGGGAGCCGGCGAUGCCUCCGCAGGGCGAGUCUCUUCCGCCGGUACCCCCGCGCCGCCCCCGCGAGCAGCGGCGCCUGCGGGGCCUCGAGUGCGUCCUGCUGGGCGACGGCGCCGUCGGGAAAACCAGCCUGGCGCUCAGCUACAGCACCAACGGCUUCCCCGCGCGAUACGUCCCCACCGCCCUCGACCGCUUCUCCGCUGUGGUGCAAGUCGACGGAGACCCCAUCCGGCUGCAGCUGUGCGACACCGCAGGGCAGGACGAGUUCGACAGCCUGCGGCGCCUCUGCUACCCAAAGGCGGACGUGGCCCUGCUCUGCUUCAGUGUGGUGUCUCCAACCUCCUUCCAGAACGUCUCUGAGAAGUGGCUUCCCGAGGUUCGCCACCACUGCCCCGCCACGCCCGUCCUGCUGGUGGGCACCCAGUCGGACCUGCGCCAGGACGUCAAGGUCCUCAUCGCCCUGUCGCGGCGCCAGGAGAAGCCCGUGUCCCCCUCGGCUGCCCGCACCCUCUCCGCCAAGGCCGGCUUGCUGGGCUAUGUGGAGUGUUCGGCCCUCACCCAGCACAACCUAAAGGAGGUCUUCGACACGGCUAUCACCGCAGGGCUGCGCCGCGCCCGCGGCCCCCCGCCCAAGCCGCAGCGGCGUAGCACCGCCAGCCGCAUCCGGGCCCUCUCCAAGGCCUGGUGGAGGAAGCACGCCUGCCUGUCGUAGCGCUGGGUGCGAUUCCUGCAUGGCCUGACCUCCCCCAAUGGGUUCGCCUGCAGACUGGACCAACCGAGGGGCGUUGGCUUUCGAGAGGGGCCAGGCCGGGCCGGCCUUCCUCUCAGGGACGUUGGGUGGAAUCUCGGCAGGGCCAAACGGAUCCCAAAGACAUUCCCUCGUCUCCCGGCCCCGAGAGGGACGUGACCGGACUUUCGUUUAGGGAUGCUCUGCCGGCACUGCUGGAGAGAGCGGAUGCUUCUUAACGGCUGCAUUUGGGUCCUGGUUGCUGGUCUCCCUUUGAGGGCACGUGGUUGGCAGCUGUGAGAACAGAAGGCUGGACCAUUCACCUGAUCUUCUCAUGCUCUUGUGGAACCUCCAGCUCCAGAGGCAGUCUAUCCGGAUUCUUAAGUUCUGUGGGGGGUAUUUGGCUACCGUGAGAACAGGACUUGAUGGGCCACUGGCCUGAUGCAGCAGCCUAGCUUAAACGUUUUCAUGGGGCCUCCAGCUCCAGAGGCAGUCUAUCCAGAUUCUUAGGUUUUAUGGGGUAUUUGGGCCCUGUGAGAACAGGAGGCUGGACAGGAGGCUGGAUGGGACCAGGUUGGGGACGGAUGCUUUGGGAAGGCUGCGUCUGAAGCUCUGCCUCCCCACCCCCCAAAACAAAACUUCUGCGCAUGGUUUAGCUGACAGCGAGAUGGAGCAGCCCCUUGCCCAGAGUGUGGGGUUUACUUGCAGUAGAUGCGGUGACAUUUUUUUAACCACUUGAAAUCCGAAAAUUUUGUAGAGUUGGAAGAGACCCCUCCCACCAGGGGCCACCUGGUCCAAGGCCCUGCUAUGCAGCAAGCACAGCAAACUUGGGUUCUUGGUUUUAGGAGGAGAAUACUUGGGGUGGGGGCAAGUUUCUGGAAAGGAAAAAUUGUAGGGUGAUUUUUUACGCCAUUUGUGCCUUUCUCCAGAGACGAAACCCAGGCCUUGAAAGUGUGUGUGUGUAUGUAUGUUUGGUCUGACCCAGGCAGCAUGAUCAGACUAGGACCAGGGUUCGAAUCCCCACUUGGCCACGAAGCUCCCUGGGGGGGUCAGCCACCGCCUCUCUCAGCCUGACCAACCUCGGAUCCUCGGAUGAGGAUCGGGUGAACCAAGUAUCCUUGGAUAGAGGGGGAUAGAGAUUAAAGAAAAGAAUUAAUAAGAAACCCCAAGCUGUGACCCCCCCCAACAAAAUGCGGU